UCCGGUGGGGUUCUUGGUUUGAUCACGUGAUGGCUGCAUGGAAGAUUCGAGACGAGAAGAACGUUCUAUUUCUCUUCUUUGAGGAUGUGAAAAGGGAUCCAAAGAAAUGUAUCCAGCAAGUCGCCGAAUUUCUAGGGCGCCCUCUCUCAGAGGAGGCUCAACAGCGAAUAUUGGAAAAGAGCUCAUUUAAAGGAAUGGCACAAACCUACAAAAAGCUUGCAGACGAUGCUGCAGAAAGCGGGAAGGCGGACCCAACGCGUAUUGAUGGGAAAAGGAGCUUCAUGAAGAAAGGUUCGAGUGGCCAGUGGAAGAAUCGUUUUACGGUGGCUGAGAACGAGGCUUUUGACAGAUGGUAUCAACAAAAGAGAGAGGGAACAGAUCUUGAUUUCAGCUUCGAAUGAUAGAGAAAGUUUUAGACCUUCAACUUUAUAAUCAGUUCCUUUCUUCGGGUGAAAAUAAAGUCUAAAUGUAAUUAUCAAUGCAAAAUAUGUGCAAUUCGAAACCCUUUCACACUUAAAGGGCCCCUGCCAUCCAAAUACAAGUUUAUUCCCGUUGGUGUGUAGUCCUGCAUACAUCUCAUAUUUUGAUAUGUAAACUUUUUAAUGUGUUUUAAAGAUUUUGAAAUAUUUUUUUCUUCAAACUUGCUAAGCUCCACCCUUUAAAUCCUCCAGAUCUCAUUCCCCUAGUGACAUCAUCUAUCUGAGCUGGGGGAAUACUAUUGUCUAUUGUAGAAUAUUAGUUUAGCCAACUUUUUAGUCUGACAUGUCUGACAUAGCAACUUGUAUGUUGCUAUUGUUUGUUGUAUU